AUGUCCAGACUGUUCCAGCGACUUAUGGAGCUUGGUGAAGAGCGCUCUGAUGCAGUUACUCUAUCGACAUCGUUGGAAAUCCAUGCGAACGCAACGAGGGAAGAGCUGGUCGCGGAGUUGACGCAGCUGCGGACUCAGCUGGCGGAGCAGAAGACAAAGCACGACGAAUUAUUUGCCGAUGCAAUUGCACUACGCUCGGAGUACGACACCUUCCGACGCACCGCCGGAAAGGAAAAGCAUUUGCUCCUGGAGCAGCAAGCUAAUGAUCAACGCAUGUUGGAAGAGUUGCGCCGCGCGGGUGCCACGGGGAAGAUGGACGAGGUGUAUAUGAUGGAGACGGAGGUCAAGAUGGAACAGCUGCAGGCCGAGCUGCAGAGGGCUGUAGAAGAGGCGGAAAGGGCAUAUAAGCGGCAAAUCGAGGCGGAACGCGCACAGUUGGCCGCGGAGACAUCCAAAAAGGAGGAUUUACAGGAGUUGUACCAACAAUUUGACCGGUUUAAGGAGGCGAUGCGGCACCGCAACGAAGAGUUGGAGAGGGAAAUUUGUGAGGCGCGUGCGGCGGCAGUAGGAAUAGUGGAAGAAACAUCCCUUGAAAAAGAAGGAGUGUCCCUUGCAAAGGACGGUGUUGAUGGUAACUCUCAUGAUGACAAAAAAAUUCCAGGCACCACAAUUAAGGAGACGUCGCAAAUGCAGGGUUCCUUGGUGGCUGCGUUGCAGCGCGAGAAACAGGCGCGUGCGGAGCUUUUAGCUGAGAAUGGACGAAAUCAACGCCAAUUGGAGGAUCUGAAAUGGAAACAAAUGGAGGCGGAGAGAAAGAUUGCAGAGUUAAAGAAAGAAAUAGACACAUGGCGUUCAAAGGUGGCGCAUUUAGAAAAAACACUAAAUACCAGAGGUGAGGAGCACGGGCUGAGGGAAAAGGAUUUUCGACUCGUCAUUCGGCAGAAAGAAGACAAUUUUGCACGCCUGGAGAGGGAAUUACAGGCGGUAAAGCAACUUGCAGGAGAAGCGCGCCAAGAGGUGGAGCGGGGACUGCUCCGUGAACGGGAGAUGGAGGCGAGGAAUACUGUGAUAGUUAGCGAGGCGGAAAGCCUCAAAAUGACUGCCAAUGCAGCACUGGAGGAGCAGCGUGUACAUUUCGAAAGGCUGCUUCAGGAAAGUGAGGGACUUCUUGAAGAACAGCAGGGUGUGUGUCGGACCUUGGAGGCGACCCUGCGGCAGAUGCGGGAGGAUAAAUCUAAUCAGGCGGAUCGCAUUGAGAGUCUUUGGCAUGAAUUGGAUCACGCCCAGCAGGUGAUUAGUGAGAUGGAGCUUAUGCAGUCGCAGAGCCAACGCCUUAUUGAGCUUCGCGAGGAGGAAUUACUGUCAAAAGAGGAGGAUCGCCAAAAACUUCGGCAGCUGCUGCGCGAGGAGGAAGAGGCGCACGAAUGCACCCGUGGGCGCAUGUGUGAACUAGGGACGCAGCGGAGUGAAGCCGGGGUUCGUAGCUCCAGACACAUGGAUGUUUCGGAAGAGGCAGCAUGUAGGCUUGCCACGCUCGAGCGAGAGGGCAGCCUCACGGAGACAAGGUUAUCUGCACAACAGACAGAGCUUCAGAGGAGGGAUCAAACUAUACAGCAGUUACAGAUUCAGUUGGAUGACUUAAUUACACAGAACGCGAGGUUCGCCCUGUACCGCGAGGAACAGGUUGCUAAAACUUGUCAAUUUGAGGCUCGCAUUCGCGAAUUGGAAGCGGAACGCUCUGCGGCCAUUAUUCAACGUCUGCAGACGGAAAAUGCCUCCGCCCCGGAGAGGCCCCAAAAUUCACACUCGGUUGUAUUUGAAAGUGUGUCACGCAUCACCUCUGCGCCGACUUCCGAAGUGUUGUAUGCGACCAAUUCCGAGCGUGCCCGGCAGCAGUUUUUCUCUCAGGUUAUCAUGUCCGCGCGAAAGUUGCGUCUCUCCGCAUUUGCUCGUUUUCGAAGGCUUAUUCUGGCGUCUUCGGCGUGUAUUGUUUUGGUGAUUUUGGCCAGUACUUUUGUCGCCGUUUUUCCCAACACUCAGACUCUGGAGGCAGGGGAGAGGGCGAUGGAGUCACUCAGACGGCAGUACACAGUGGCCUCCGCUGCGCUAGCGCGAUGCCAGGCAAUUCUCUCGGAGUGUCGCUGUCAGUAA